GAUUCAGCCCGAGUUCAUUGUGGACCGGUGGUUUCUCCAGCGGUCACGUGUCCAGGGCGCUCGGAGGGAGGAGAGCUAGACGGCAGCCGCGAGAGAGAGAGAGAGAGACACACACACACACAAACAGACACAUACACACUUGACAGGCGUCGUGCACGAGCGAUGCUACUCUGUUAUUCUACAAAACAAAGCAAAAUUCUGUUGUUGUUUUUUUCCUCUUUAUGAAACUUGAUUAUGACUUUAAAUUAGACAAAUCUGACAAGUUCACCAGAAGGCUACAAGUGUCCGACCAGACAGCGUAAAUUAGACAGCUAAAACAGAAGCUCAGUCACUUUUAUUGCUCUUCGUCGAUUUAUUCUUUCAUCUCUGGAGUUUUUUUUUUCUUUUUUCAGAAGGAAUUAUCAUCAUCAUCAUCAUCAGCAUCAUCAAGUACCCCAAAAUCCUCUGGAGGAAAAAAAAAAAAAACCCAAAACGGAGCGACCUGACCGACUAAAUCCAUCCACAAAGGCACGCCAUGCUCUCCUUAGACGAGCCGCUGGACCUGAAGGUCUCCUCCUCGAGCCGGGACAGAACACACAGAACGUCCAUCUGCGCCCCGCUCCGAUUCACCCGAACCAGGGUACCACGCCCGACACGCAGCUCCGAUACGGAUAUCGCAGACUCUCCCACAUCCUCGAAGCCAGACCUCAGUGCGUGUUCCUCGUCUCCUCCCUCUCCUCAACACUCCUCUUCCAGCUGUGGUCCCCUGUCGCCCCCUCAGGCCAGGGAUUCAGAGACUAUCGGUUACCUAGAAGGUGAGGCUUCUCCUCCUCCACGUCCUCCAGGUUUCCAGUUUUUCCUACCUAUUGGGGCAGGGGGCAGCCUCCUCCCACCCAGCUCUAUACUGACUGCUCAGCGCCGGGACAGACGGAGUUCUCCUGAACCAGCGGAGGAACAGCUCGCCUGCCGCUGGCUACGGUGCCACCUGCUGUUCGAGUGCCUGCAGGAUCUGGUGGAUCACGUGACCGAGUCCCACGUAAAGCCAGAAAGGAGCUCAGGCUACUGCUGCCACUGGGAGGGGUGCGCGCGCAAGGGCCGCGGCUUCAACGCCAGGUACAAGAUGCUGAUACACAUCCGCACACACACCAACGAGAAACCCCACCAAUGUCCCAUCUGCAGCAAGAGCUUUUCCCGGCUGGAGAACCUCAAAAUACACACCCGCUCGCACACAGGAGAGAAGCCGUACGUGUGUCCGUACGAGGGUUGUGGAAAGCGCUACUCCAACUCCAGCGACCGUUUUAAGCACACGCGCACACACUACGAGGACAGACCCUACUGCUGCAAGAUGGCCGGCUGUCCCAAGCGGUACACAGAUCCCAGUUCCCUCCGUAAGCACAUCAAGGCUCACGGCCACUCCGUCUCAACAGGCACCGAGCCACCCAUCACAACCACGGAUCCUUCGACCCCUCCCGCUUCGGCAAGAGCUCAUCUGGUGUUGCCUGGGGCCGCACUGGCUCUCUUGCAUGCCUUUUCUGGGCCACUCAUGGCUCUGGGUCACUCUCCACUUGAUCUCUCCAUGUCUGCAGGGCAUACGGGGGUGGAAGCUGUGGUCCGUCAUAACAUGGCUCCAGGGCUGGGGCUGGGCAAGACACCUCUAUUUGACCCUUUACUCCUUCCUUCGUUUGGGCUGGAGGCUAAGCAAAGGGUUUUGAAGCAAAAGGGUGGUGAUGAUGAGAAUGACCAUGAUAACAGGGCAGUAGAAGAAGGAUGCAACGCUUUGUCCUGGGUGUUCGUCCCGCCGGGUAUGAUGAUGCUCAAGCAGGCCGUGGUCAGCUAGACCAGGAUCACGUCCUAAGUCACGUGAUCUGUAAAAAAAGAAUAAUUUUUUUUUUUUUUUUUUU